CCCAUCCUUUCCCUACCGUCCCCUCCCUCUCGCACGCCAAGAGCAGCCGCCGCCGCUGCUACCACCCCGCCGCGGCCGCAGCAGCGAGCGAGAAUGGUGUUCGUCAAGAACCAGAAGACAAGGGCGUACUCCAAGCGUUUCCAAGUCAAGUUCAAAAGAAGGCGACAGGGUAAGACCGACUACAGGGCCAGGCUGAGACUUACCAACCAGGACAAGAACAAGUACAACACACCCAAGUACCGCUUUGUUGUGCGAUUCACCAACAAGGAUGUCACUGCCCAAAUCGUGUACGCUACCAUUGCUGGUGAUAUUGUGAUGGCUGCUGCCUAUUCCCAUGAGCUGCCCAGAUAUGGCCUGACAGUUGGUCUCACCAACUAUGCUGCAGCAUACUGCACUGGGCUUCUUUUGGCUCGUCGUAUACUCAAGUACCGUGAUUUGGAUGCAGAAUAUGAGGGCAAUGUUGAGGCCACUGGCGAGGACUUCUCUGUUGAGCCAGCUGGUGAGAGGCGGCCUUUCCGUGCUCUAUUGGAUGUUGGCCUUCUCAGGACCACUACUGGAAACCGUGUCUUCGGUGCUCUAAAGGGAGCUUUGGAUGGUGGCCUUGAUAUUCCCCACAGUGACAAGAGGUUUGCUGGUUUCAAGAAGGACGAGAAGCAGCUUGAUGCUGAGGUUCACCGCAAGUACAUCUAUGGAGGCCAUGUUGCAGACUACAUGAGGUCACUUGCUGAUGAGGAACCUGAGAAGUUCCAGAGCCACUUCAGUGAGUACAUCAAGAAGGGUAUUUCGGCUGAUGAAAUGGAAGCAAUUUACAAGAAGGUUCAUGCUGCCAUUCGCGCUGAUCCUUCCAUGGCUAAAUCAACCAAGGAACAACCCAAGACUCACAAGAGGUACAACCUCAAGAAGCUGACCUACGAUGAGAGGAAGGCCAGUCUUGUACAAAGGCUGAAUGCUCUCAAUUCCUCUGCUGCUGCUGAUGUUGAUGAUGAUGAGGAUGACGAGUGAAGAGUGUAGUCUCUGUAGUAGUGCUAUCUUUAUGAUUGAGCUAAACUUGCUCUGUGUCAUUCACCCCUUGUCAAAGUUGGUCGCUCCUAAAAAUGAACCUGUUUCUUUCAGUUUUGAGGGUCAUGCUGGAGUUAAUAGAUUAUCUUAUUUUGAUCGUCCCUGAGUUUGUUGUUUCAGCCUUACCUAUAAGUCAAUCUUUUCUUGAUUAGACCGUCA